AUGGGUGCAAAUGCAUCUGCUAUGAAUGGGGAACCCAAUGGGCCGAUGAAGCCCAAGCUGGAGGAUAUACCGGAAUCAUGUAUGGCCCUGGUUCUCUCCUACUUGGACCCGCCGGAGAUUGCCAAGCUCGCACGGAUCAACCGGGCUUUCCGGGCAGCCGCCUCCGCGGAUUUCAUCUGGGUCGCCAAAUUGCCCUCCAAUUAUCCCUUUAUUUUAAGCAAACUGCCUGAUCAAGGCCUGAUUACCAUGGGUAAGAAGGAUAUAUAUGCCAGGCUCUGCAGACCUAACCCUUCUGACGGUGGCACAAAGGAAUUUUGGAUUGAUAAGAGAACAGGAGGGACAUGCUUGUCUAUAUCUUCAAAGGCGAUGGUGAUUACGGGUAUAGAUGAUCGGAGGUAUUGGAAUCACCUUCAAACUGAUAAAUCUAGAUUCCAAACAUUUGCAUAUCUUCAACAGAUCUGGUGGCUUGAAGUAGGUGGGGACCUUGAGUUCCAAUUUCAGGCAGGGACAUACAGUUUGUUCUUCAGACUUCAACUGGGAAGGGUUGGCAAGAGAUUGGGUCGUCGGGUCUGUAAUUCAGACGACGUUCACGGGUGGAACAUAAAACCUGUAAAAUUUCAGUUGUCAACGCUGGAUGGGCAGCAUGCUGUAUCCCACCACAUGUUGGACAAUCUUGGAAAUUGGGUACACUACUAUGUGGGAGAUUUUGUUGUCGACGAUCCUAAUGCAUCAACAAAGAUCAAAUAUUCUUUGACUCAGAUUGAUUGUACUCAUACCAAAGUGAACUCAACCGCACAAUUCACACUCAUUUCUUCUCUGUCGCUGUAUAUAAUUGCUGUAUGUAUUAGGGUUCUAAGUAGGAAGGGGCAAUUCUUAAUGUAG